AGCUGGUCAUUCACGUCUUGAUAGUUUUAUUUGCAAUUGAAAUUAUUGAAAUUUUUGGUAUUUAUUGAAGUGCAAGCAAAGGGGAAGCUGUGGUCACCCGGUCUCUUCACAUAUAUAUUAUAAUUUUACACACUUUUGAUUUUGAGAGAUGGUUGUUGGAUUUCUUAUACGCACAGGCGUAGUUAUUGGCGCCGUAUAUUAUACCAAGAAGACCGGUGUUUGGGGUAGUCCAGAGGAGACUGAACAAUUGUAUAAUGAUAUUAAAGAUCAACUACGUCCGCAUGUUAAUCGUUUAGAGCGACACUUACCGUUUGAAGUUCCUUCCUUGCCUAGAACUGAAGAAUUUAGCUUUUUGGCCAAGCACUACUAUAAUCAAAGCGUCAAAAAUACAUUCCAUUUUAUUGAAAUGUUGCCUUGCUACACUGGCCAAUUAAUGAAAAAGGCAAAGGAUACAUUUGAAAAUUUCUCUCAGCCGCCUACAUCUCAGUAAUUUCAAUGUAUGUAUAUAUAUGCAUUUAUAUAUAUGUAACAUGUAAUAUAUCAAUGUUUGUACGAAUGUACAUUCAUAUGUAUGCAUAUAUAUAUAUAUAUGUGGAUACUUAUCCAUUACUGGCAAUUCUUGCAACAAAUGCAAUCUCCCAGAACUUUUAUACAUCCAAUUUUGGGAGGAGAAACUAUUUUGAUCUAAAUUCUUCAAUCAGUCGAGAACACAAUGCAACAAUUAAAAAAAAAAAAUUAAAUAAUUCAGAUAUUGGUUACGCGGAUUCACAAUAAGUUCGAUAAGUUCCAUCGUUCUUUUAUCUACUCUGGUUGCAGCUUUUCUUGCUUGCUAAUUUAAAAGUUUGUUAAAAACCUUAGAUGUAAUUGCAUAUUGUUUGUGUUCAUGUAAUGUAAAUGUAUACAUAAAAAAGAAAGCACAAGUUACGUCGAUGUGUAUAUAAUAGAUCCAUGUUAUUUGUGCUUAAUAAAUAUUCUCGACAAAUUCAAAUUGACAU